AUGAGAUCGUUGACAAUCAGUGCCUUUUUCUUGGGCCUUGCAAAUGCUCAACGAUGUCCUGGAAUUUGCAUCAAUGAUGGCGAACAGCUGCUGAAUCCAACCGAGCCGAUUUUCUUGAACAGUGGCACUCAGUUUUGUGCUACUCUGAAUGAUAUUUCAAGACAGAUCGUGAACAACGCAGUGCAAUGUGAGGACAGCGCCAUCCAGGCUAUUGCGCUUGGUUGCGAAUGUGGUGUUCCACCAACACCCACUCUCGCGCCUUCUCCUGCUCCGGUGGUUCCAGAUUUGCCAACCCUUGCUCCAGUGGUUCCAGGUCAAGAACCAUGUCUUGGAAUUUGUCCCGGCGGUACCUUGCUCAAUCCAAACCGAAUUAUCACAAUUCCUGGACAAACCGCAGACUUUUGCUUUGUCAUUGACGGUCAACUCCAAGAGAUCGUUGGUAAUCCCACCCAAUGUAAUACCCUCUCCACUUCGGCACGUAUCAGUGGCUGCCAAUGCGAGGGUGUCCCCACUGCCACGCCGUCCAUGAACCCCACACGCACUCGAUCCCCUACACCCAGGCCAUCGGUGAAUCCUACUGGAACGCCAACUGGAUCCGCCGCACCCACCCGUAGCGCGUCUCCUACCAAGGUUCCCACGACUCCUGAUCCCACAGGAUCUCCCACCACUCCCAAACCUACGGCAGCUCCUGGCCCUUGCAGCGGUGUCUGCUACGAUGCCAGCCUCACCGUGGCGGACCCUGAUUUCAUUAUUGUUGUGCCCAACGCCAAUGGAAAUGGAAUCAUCACCGAAACUUGCGGGGAGGCAGAUGCUCGGUACCGACAAAUCGUUGCUCCCGGGGGUGUCUGUGAGACCUUUUCCCGCUCGGCACAAAACAAUGGAUGUUCCUGUGUCGCACCCGUCGAAUGUCCUGGCAUUUGCAACAGUGGCCUAGUCACCCCUAAAAGUGGACAACAAAUUGUCACUCCUGACUUGUUGGUAAACAUCGAUGGCCGACAAGAUACUUGUGCCAAUUGGGAUGCCCGAUGGGAUGGUACUACCAGUCCCGUGUUGUGCGAAAGCGUUCCGUCCAAAAUCUCCCAAGCCUUGUCGGCUGGAUGCAAAUGCGACGUUCCCGUGGACUGCGAGGGUCUAUGCCCCGGCGAACAAGUGACGACUCCCAACGUGGUUGUGUCCUUGUCGAAUGGGGUAGAAGCUCCUUGUAGUCAGCUAGAUGCCGAAUUUGAUGCCACUAUCGAUCCCGGCCGAUGCAACGAGUACACACCCUUCAAGGCAGAAAUGUUGAACAAUGGAUGCCGAUGUGGAACUCCCAUUGAUUGUGAUGGACUUUGUCCCGCUCUCAAUGAAGAGCUCUUGACUCCCGACUUGCUAGUGGACCUACCCGCUGGAACUUCAGCCACUUGUUCUUCCUUGGACUUGCUAGCUCGUCAAUUGAUCGAUGAGGGCUUGUGCACGGACAGUAUCAACGAAGCCUUGGCGGCUGGAUGUCGCUGUGGCGAACCGAAAAAGUGUGACGGUAUUUGUCCCAACAAGGACCGUAAGCUUUUUGAUAAAAAGUUUGAGAUUACAGUUCCUUGGACGGGUGAAUUGGAAGAAUGUGAUAAGGUCGAAAAGGAAAUGAAGGACACUAUCAUUGAUGAAAUCGUCUGUCUCGAGCGAAGAGAAGGUGCCAUUCAAGCUGGAUGUCAAUGUGGAGAAACCACUGAAAGUCCCUCCAUGAUGCCUUCCAUCUCCGCCGCUCCAUCUCGCGCUGCUUCUUCCAACCCCACUGGUGUCCCAACAGGAACACCACCCACCGUUGCGCCCAACACUCCUCUUCAAAAUGAACCAACAGUCACUGGAGGAGAACCAACCAUUGAUGGAGGUGAUGAACCCACUACUAAUGACCGCAGUCCUGGCGAACUUAAUUCUGCUUCGGGCAACAACAAGCAGUACUUGAUGAUGACGGUCGUGACCAUGGUGGCUGCCGUUGGUGUGGCUUUGGGAUUGUAA